AAGAUGGUGUUAGAAAAUGGGUUUCCUCCACUUCCAGAUUUCCUCAAGAUCUUCAACUCCCAUGAACAUUCUCAACGUUUGGUAAUCCCAAGAGGCUACAACAAGUACUAUCCAAACCCUCUCCCUCAGACCGCUGUUCUCAAGAGGCCGGAAGGAAACUUCUGGACAGUCAAAUGGAAAAAAGGCCAAGAGGACACUAUAAGUUUCCAAGAAGGUUGGGAAAAGUUUGUGAAAGACAAUGGUCUCAUUGAUAGAGACUUCCUCUUGUUCACUUACGAUGGUUCUCGGAGCUUUUGGGUACGCAUCCACCGGGAUGGCCUCCCUCUGGAGCCAAGCACUCCCAUCAAGAUUCAAGAAAUAUCGGAUGAUGAAAUCGACACAGCUGGUGGUGGUCCUGAUCGCCAUAUGGAAGAAGGUGAUAGUCAUGAGGACAUGAUCGUUUCUCUUUCUCUGGGAACCAGCGAUGAACUUAGUGAUGAUGAUGAUGAUGAUGAUUAUGAUGAUGAUGAGGAUACAGCGAUUUGUGAGUUUAACAAAGCUAGUGGAAGCUGUUCCAAGAAAGCAGGAAGGGUUAUGAAAACGAGACGUGAUGCUGUCAUUGCUGAAUCUGUCAAGGUGGAAACGCUUCUUGAAGAUCCCCAAAACCCCUUCUUCAUUUCAACUUCAUCGUGUUCAAGGCGUGUGUUGGUGAUUUCUAUGCAAGUAAUAAAAGACUUUAAUUUGAAGUUUGAGCCAACAAUCAAACUCAUCGAUGGUUUCGGGGAAUUGAAGAGAAAGGUUGGGAAGUGGAAGGAUCGAGUUGUGGUAUACAAGUGGGACGAAAUGUAUAACAGGAACAAAUCAAUGCCUGGAGACAUAAUCAUAUGUGAGAUUCUACGAGAUGAAGGAGAUGUUGUUCACACCGUCAAAGUGCACUUCGUAAAGAAGUGAAGUUUCUUUUAUCGUUUUACUUUACGGAUGAUGAAACAAAACCUUUGUCUCUACGCUCUUGUUGAAACCUUUGUGUGUUAUCUCGGAUUUAUGGUUAGCUUUUGAAGUUGUGAACCUUGUCAUCUUUUUUGUUUAUUUUUUUAUUUUAU